AUGCUGCCUUCCUUCAGUUACCUGACUGAGCACAUUGGCUUCCGCGGCACCAUCAAAAACUCUCCGAGUGACUUCGUAGUGACAGAAAUCGAGGUGCCUGAACACUUCCUUAGGGACACCCGGCCUGAAUUGCUUCAGGAAACCAGUGAAAGUGCUGCCCCUGGGCCUCCAGAGCACGACCCAAACCAGGCAGAGGGCUGCUGUGCUGCAUCCCAUGGCAAAAAAGAGCACGAGGGAGCACCUGAGCUGAAACUUGGCCUUGAGGAAGCCAGUGCAUUGGAUUCCUUACUCGGCGAACCCAUGAGCGAACUGCUAAAUAAAUUUGCUUGUGAUCUGAAGGAUGCAUGGCGCUUGGAAAAUAACGCAGGUGCUGGCACGAGGGAGUUCUCGCUAGGACCUAGGCUGAACAAGAAAAUUCGAGCUGAUUUACACAGUGCUGUGAGGCAGAAAUUCCCCUUUCUAGUCACUGUUACGAAAGACAAUGAAAUGAUUGUAAAAGGAAAUGCUGAUUACAGAGAACUUUGUCAGUUGGUGACUGAAAAGGAAACAAGUGAUUUCUUCAAAUUUUUAGAUGCAAAGCUGGAAAAUUCGACGUUUUCUUUUGAGCCUGAUGGAGACAAAGAGCACAGAAAAGUAGUUCACCAUUUUAUCAAUAGAAAAUUUGGUAAACUUUUAGAAACAAAGUCUUUUACUGUGACAGAUGUCAAUGAUCAGCCAAAUAUGUCAAUAAUGGUGCGAUUUCGGGAAAAAAGUUGGUCCAGAAAAAGGUCUGCUGGUGGUUUCCAGAGAAAUCAAGAUGUUUAUACAGCUUUCACCCUUCAGAAAGAAAAUCUAGAAACACUAGAAGCAAUUGGCUUGUUGGCGGCUCAGCUUGAUGUUCUUCCUUCAGACUUCAGUUACACUGGCAUCAAAGAUAAGAAGGCUAUCACUUACCAGCCUAUGGUUGUGAAGAAGGUGACUCCUGAGAGGUUGAAAGAAGUUGGAAGCAAAAUGGAAAAAAAAGGCAUGAGAAUACACAACAUACGUUUGGCACACCAGCACCUCAGACUUGGUCAGCUGAAGGGCAAUCACUUUGACAUAGUUGUGAGAGAUCUCCAGCACCACAGUCAUGAUUCUUCUGCAGAUUUGAAAGGGAGAAUAUCUGAAGCAAUGGAAUGUGUUGAGACAAAAGGUUUUGUCAAUUAUUAUGGACCUCAACGAUUUGGACAAGGACAAAUUGUUCAGACAGAUCAGAUUGGAUUGGCUUUACUGACUGAAAAAAUGGUGAAAGCUGUGAAGUUAUUCUUCACACCUGAAGAUACUGAUGAUCCUGUGAACAAUGCAAAAAGAUAUUUCCUUCAAACUGAAGAUGCAAAGGGCACACUUGUGAUGCUGCCAGAAUUUAAAGUAAGAGAGAAGAUGUUGCUACGAGCUUUAAAUCGCUAUGGUGUAAAUCAUGAAGGUUGUACCAAAGGAUGGCUCAGUAUUCCUCAUUCUUUGCGCAUAUUCUAUGUCCAUGCUUAUUGCAGUAAAAUUUGGAAUGAAGCAGCAUCAUAUAGGCUGAAGAUUUAUGGCUCAAAAGUGGUUGAGGGUGACCUUGUCUUCUUGGAAGAAAAUGAUGAAAGUAUUUCCGUGAAUGACAAGGUUCAUGUGGUCACUGCUUCAGAAGAGUCAGCUAACAAAUAUUCUAUGUACCAAGUGGUUCUUCCAAUGGUGGGACAUAGCAUCAAAUAUCCCAGUAAUAAAGUUGGGCAGUGGUACCAUGAAAGACUUUCUAAAGAUGAGCUGGAGAUGUGCAAAUUCAGAGUGUCUUCAUUACAGCUGAAUAUACCUGGAUGCUACAGACCCAUUUUGAAAAAUGUUCAGAAUCUGUCAUAUUUUUUGGAAGGCAGUGAAAAAGGGAUCAAAAUUGAGGAGAACCAUCUGAAUGAUUUAAACAUCUCUCUUCAUAUAUCAUUUGACCUUGAUCCUUCAUGUUAUGCAACAGUCUGUCUGAGAGAAAUAAUGAAAUGUGAUCUUUAAGAUUUCAGUUAAUGAAAGAUUGCAGUAAUAUUAUACAGCGUUGAUAUUUUAUGU